GUGUGUGUGAGAGAGAGAGAGAGAGAUCAGCGUGCCGCGACACCACAGUAAAUAACCUACGACACAACGAAGCGCUCGUAUAAUAAUUUACCAAUCGCCUAAUGAUUGCACGACAGGCGAAAUUGUGCAAUGCACGUGGUUGGAUUUGAAUGAAAAUCGAUUUUGAACACAAUUCAUGUUUUUUAUUAGUGUUUGGACCGGAGGAAAUGUCAAAGUUGUCUUUGUUUACAUGUUACGAGUACUGGCUCCUCGAGAGGAAUCGGAAUCGGGUCGAUUCAUCUUGAAUACAUCGCUCUCGUUAAGAAUCAGUCCCAGAUCUUCCUGAACGAUUGGAAGUGGAAGACUUGAUUUUUACAUCAAAAUGAGGCUGUUGUGGAUGUUCAUACUAAAUAAAUGCCAUCACUCAGCGAGCACCAUAUAACAAACAUCUACCUUGCUUGCUACCAUCUACCAUUUGCUGUUCGAGAGGUAUUGUAAUGGACCUAAAACCCAAGGUUGUGUAGGUGUGGAUUUGUUCUUGACAUCAUGGGCUGUGGAGGCUCCAGGACAGAUGUGUUGGAGCCGAGAUAUAUGGAGAGCUGGACCAAAGAGACGGAGUCCACCUGGCUGACCAGCACAGACACAGACAUCCCCCUGUCCUCCAUCCAGAGCAUCCCCUCCGAAAACUCUUCAGAGGCGGGCUUCCCGUCAGAGAAGACAGCCAACCUCGAUCUCUUCGAUGAUGGUCUGCCUUCUCCGGCUCAGGCAUAUCUGAAAGUGUGUUCUGCCAUGUCUGAGGUGGGUCUGAAUGACAUGAAAAGCGGCAGCACCCCUGCAAUCCUCUCUUCUCAAGAACAGGAAGUGCUUGCUUCUUCUGGUACCACAGUGCAGAGGAGAAGCGUGUUACGAACUGAGGAAAUAACCAAAUGGCAGGACAACCGGAUGUCCACCAAGCAAGUGACCAUCACUGUGACUCAAAGCAUCCGGCAGGUGGACAAGAGCGGGAAGAUCAAGGAAACUUCACAAACCACCUAUGAGGUGAUGAAACCCGUGGAUGGUUUAAUGGACGCGGCGGUUGACUCAGUGCCUCAAUGAGGUGUUCACCCAAGACCUCAUCAAGACUGUAUCUUGGAUUUCUUGAAAGCUUUGGUGAAGGCGUCAUGGACCAAAGACGUAUAAAGCAGGGAUGACCUGAAUGAAGAAGUUCAUCAGUGCUGUGGAUAACGGGUUCCUAGGGUCAGUUAAUUGUUACUUUCAUCAUUCAGUUACACCAAUUUAAUAACGUCUAUUUUUCUGUACAUCUAUUCUCUGGAACGUCUUGUUUGUUUGAUGCCAGCUAAAAGAUCUCAGUAAAGGCAUCUACUGUACAUACACUGAAAGCAAAGGAUAGAUCAGGAACGAAUCAUCAGUUGGGGCGACUAACGACCGGCUGAUUGAUUUUGUGAAAAGUGUAAAAAAUCAGACUUGAAUAGUUUAAAAACAUACCAACAAAACGUUUGUCUCGGAAAAAAGGUGGCUUGAAGUCGAUGUACCGCUUUCGUUUUGGAUUUAAAAAAAUCAGGGCUCUUACUACCACACUAUUGUUGCCUUCGGCUUUUUGGGGUACAAGCGCAAACAUACGUUCACAACCUUAUUACAGUUUCUGUAGCAAGCUAGCACUACUGAAAAAGGUAGCGUGCCAGAAUAUAAAGCAGCUCUGUUUUGUUAUUUCAGCAUUGUUUGAUAUAUCACUGUUUUUCUGAAUGAUGUGUAUUGUUGAGUUAUUAAAUAUCUAUUGGAAGCACAA